GACUUCGUGUCCAAGUCAGGCCCAGCGCGUGUAUAGCCGAUUCUUCAGGGGCGCCUUGCAUGGGCCUCAGCAGACAUUUUGCUGCUAUCAAUGUAGUAGCUGUCCGCUGAACACUUCGGCUGCUGCUUUCAGCUGGACGGGGCGGAAGUUUCGGGCACAUUUUGCCUCUCGCCUCACCUUAUCUGGUCACCGUCUCAUCACCGACUGUCCUUGCUUUUCUCUUUCUCCGAUGGCUUAGUAGAGUCCGAUACCAUAUUCAUCUUCUCGAGCAGCUGCAUUCACACAUCGUCAUAUGAUGCACGCCGGUUGCCCCCAGUACAGCUAAAAACAUCCUCCUCUGCCUCUCAUAUCGCCAGCUUCCCCGGCCAAAUAGACAAACAUGUUUUCUAAAGCUACCACGAGAGCGGCUCUUCUAGCAUUGCUACUGCAGCCUAUACAAGCACAGUUCAGCAACUGGGCUGAUGACCAAAUCAACACAACCAUAUGUAUCUGGACCGAGCCUAGAGCGGCCCUCAUCCGGAAUAAAAUCUACCUUGAUGGAGGCAACAUCAACUGGCUGCCGGGGCUAAAGGACGGGUCGAAUGGGCCGGUCGUGAGUUCCGGAAACUUCCAGGGAAUCCUUCUGACGUACAAUUUGAGUUACGCAUUCACCCCUGAGACGAACGUUACGGGUCUCUUGCUGCAAGAUAAGUUAUCAAAAGCAUUGGGAGGGCUUGGGCAGACCAACGGCGACUCACCAAACUACGUCGACGGCGCCCUCCUCGCCAACGAUGACGAAUUCUUUUUCUAUGGCGGUUUGCCUCUGGGCGAUAGGCUUCAGUAUGCAGCUCCGGCCAAAGACGAUCUCUUAGUCUACCAGGUCUACCAGUACGGAGCUGAGAAGCCUCUGUUUGAGCCGGGGUUUCAUAGAUUGGACAAUCUGCCGAACAGUGUCAGUCAGUUUGUGACCUAUGGUGGUGCAGCCAACGCUCCCUCUGAGAACCUGGCCUGGUACUUCUCGGGGUCGACCUCCCAAUCUGGCGGAGCCAUCUUUCAAAAUUUCAACGACACCACGAGGCCGUCAAGGAUCGCCAACUCUCUCAUCACGCUUGAUAUGACGACACAAGGAGCUGAGAAGUGGAGCAAUAAGUCUUUGCCCAGCACGAUCAAGGGUCGUGCAAGCUCUGAGCUCGUUUGGGUCCCUGUUGGCGCGAAAGGCAUCCUCGUUGCUCUUGGAGGUGUCGUUUUCCCCGAAUACGCCAAUGCAACUCGGGAGUCUCAAGAUGCCAAAGCUAGCGAAUCUCAAAGCCCUGCCUUCAUGCGCGCAAUCGAUGUUUACGACGUCGCUGGCAACAAGUGGUAUACGCAACCAACCAAGGAUGGUCCCGGCACACGAGCUCGUGGAUGUGCUGUCGUUGCCACUGCGUCCGACAGCUCUAGCUUCAAUAUCUACUACUAUGGUGGGUACGAUGGUAUUGACCCUACCAAACCUUUCCACGACGACGUCUGGGUCCUUUCUCUGCCGUCCUUCACGUGGACCCAGAUCAACAAUGGCACGGAAUCCCACGCGCGGGCAGGGCACAAGUGCUUCACUCCGUAUCCCGAUCAAAUGAUGAUUAUUGGUGGCUACACACCCGCUUCCGGCACAACCUUGAAAUGUCUAGAGGAUGGACCUAUCGUCAUGUUCAAUCUAACCAGUGGAGAAUGGAUGGAUUCUUAUGAUCCCACCGUCUACGGCGACUAUGGCGUCCCUGAGAAGGUUCAGGCCGUCAUCGGAGGAACAGCGUCGGGCGGCGCAACAGCUACCAAACCGGCUGCCUCCGGCUGGGCAGAUCCGGACCUUGGCAAGGUGUUUGAUACGUCGUAUGAUCAGAAGAAGAUCACGACCUACUGGCCCUAUCCAGCAAUAGAGUCGGCCCAUCCUCCUGCGCAACCAUCACCGACUCCUCCUUCGAAAUCCGGAGGACUCCCAUCUUGGGUAGGGCCAGUCCUGGGCGUUAUUCUGGGCCUCAUUGCCCUGACAUGCAUUAUCGUCUUGUUCUGCCUUUGGCGACGACGAAAGAACAUCGGAAACCGCUCAAGCACGAAUACUAGCGAUGAAGCCGGACACAGAAUCCUCUCGUGGAUCCGAGGACAGCCAGCCACUAACAAGGCUCCGACGGAAACCACCACUGAAGUGACCCCAGGGAGCCCCGAGAUGCGUGAAUACGUGUACCCCAGUUUUACGCCGUCGAAUUCGGCAUCUGUGCCCCCUGAGCAUCAUGAAAUGGCCGAUACGCAGUUGGUGGAGCUUCCUGAUACGACACGGGUCGAACUUCAGGAUACCGGGCUGUCGCCGAUGGAUAUUCGUGAGCGGUACUCUCACUGGUUCCCGGGCAGAACCGACGAUGGCUUGCCCAGCCCAACCAGAAGCUCACUUCAAAGCACGUCUGCGCGCAACACGGUAUCCCCUAUCAAGGAUCGAAACAGCGACUCGCAUACGGCUAUUUCAAGCGCCCUCCCUUCUCCCCCGCUUCCAGAAGCCGGCGAAAAUGACGAAAAGUCUCUGCUGCCUACCCCUGAACCAGCAACCACCCCGGCAGCCGAGAAAAAGGCCGAGUCGACGGACGAGUCAGCGAGAUCUCCAGAAGGCCAUGAGUUUGUGGUGUCGCCUCCAACUGCGGAAGAGAAGCCUGGUGACGACUAUCUGACAGUGAAGAAGACGUCAUCUUCAAGCAGCCCAACUACGCGGAAAAGCGUGUUCAAGGAACAGCAUGAUGAUACCUAG